AGGUCGUGAGAGUUUAAGAGAAUUAGAGUUGAAGUUGAACAAAAGAAUGGACGAUGGAUUUGCAUUGAGAGACGAAACAAUUCGUCUUCUAGCAGUAAGAGUAAAGGAGUUGGAACAAGACAAGAUUCAGAGAGAAAGUUGGUCAUUCCAGUUUGGUGAAGCUGAAACCGGAUAUGCUUCAGGAGGAAGAAGAAGAGAUAAGGAUGGUGAUGAAGAGGCUGAGAUGCAUGGUGAUAAGGAGGGUGAUGAAGAGGCUGAGAAGCAUGGCUUUGAUGAUUUUGAGGGUGAUAAGGAGGGCGAGGACAAUGGUGACAAGGAUGGUGAUGAGGCAGAGGCUGAGAAGGAUGGUGAUGAGGCUGAGGCUGAGAAGGAUGGUGAGAAACAGAUCGAGGCUGAGGCUGAGAAGUUGAUGCAAGAUACUGACGAGAGAUUUGAUGAUGAUGGAGAUGAGCAAUCUACACUUCAAAUUAUGGCAGGCACUGCAGAGAGAUUUGAGAAGGCUGCUACGGAAAAAACUGCUGCGGACAAGACAAAUGAGGUUUUAGAUGAUGAUGAUGCUUUGGAGAAGGAAGUUGAGGUUGGAGUUGAUGAUUCUUUAGAGGAGGCAGCUUCGGUUGGAGUUGAUGAGAUGCCAAAGAGGGUGCCCAAGCGUUCUCAUUUGUUGAGGUCUCCUUUUACGCCAAACUGA